AUGCGCAACCUAGCGGCCUGACUCAGUAGUAGAAGAUAUACGAAAAUUAAAAUUGUAUUGAUUGCUAAUGAUUUAUCAAAAGUCUCUGCCGUUGUGUGAAAAGGGGAGAAGUGGCUAACAUUUAUGAAGUCAGAAAAAGUCUUGUAGUUGAUUUGGUGACUGAGAUAUGACUAAAGAUCGUUUAGCAGCUCUCAAAGCGGCUCAAAGUGACAAUGAAGAACAAGAUGAUGUACACACAGUCAGCAUGGAACCACCUGGUGGUUUUAUGGACAUGUUUUUUGAACAGGUGGAAGAGAUUCGUGGAAUGAUAGACAAAAUAGCCGGCAAUGUAGACGAAGUCAAGAAAAAACACAGUGCUAUUUUGGCAGCUCCCCAGCCAGAUGACAAAACAAAAGAAGAACUGGAGGAGUUGAUGACAGAUAUCAAGAAAACUGCAAACAAAGUCAGGGCUAGGUUAAAAGAUAUUGAACAAAAUAUUGAAAAGGAGGAGCACUCAAAUAAAACGUCUGCAGAUUUAAGGAUACGCAAAACACAGCAUGCGACACUUUCCCGUAAAUUUGUGGAGGUUAUGAAUGACUACAAUGCUUGUCAAAUAGACUACAGGGAGAGGUGUAAAGGUCGCAUCCAGAGGCAACUGGAAAUCACUGGAAGAACAACAACCAAUGAUGAAUUAGAAAAUAUGUUAGAAUCUGGAAAUCCAGCAAUAUUUACGCAAGGGAUCAUCAUGGAAACACAAGCAGCAAAACAAACCCUAGCAGAUAUUGAAGCUAGACACAAUGACAUUAUUAAGUUGGAAAAUAGUAUAAGAGAGCUACAUGAUAUGUUCAUGGAUAUGGCCAUGUUAGUAGAACAGCAGGGAGAGAUGAUAGAUCGUAUAGAAUAUAAUGUAGAACAAGCUGUGGAUUAUAUAGAAACGGCAAAAAGUGAUACGAAAAAAGCUGUCAAGUAUCAGAGUAAAGCUAGGCGGAAAUUAAUCAUGAUCAUCGUUUGUGUUGUUGUAUUACUUGCUAUCAUUGCAAUUAUUUUGGCUACCAGUCUGGGUUAAUGCUGCAUGUUAAUAUGAAAAAAUCAGCUCACAAACUUGAUGUGGACACAAAUAUAUCCUUGAGAGAGAAUAUCCAUUGUGAGGAAUUACUGCAUGAGACAAAAAAAAAAACAAUAUUCUAUGGCUAAAUGUACUGAUAUUGGUACAUGACAGUGAUGACCACUUUUCAUUAGAGACUGUGUUCAAAGCAACGAUCCAGGGCAGUUUUAACGACUCUAAUCCACUUGGAGAAACUUUUUAAAUUUUAUUGCUGAGAAUAGCUGCACCAUGUAGACAUAUACCGUUUUGUUUAUUUGUCUACUAGAACAAUGACACAAGACAUUGUAAUGUAGCAUGAUAUUUCCUAAUUUAGAAUUUUGUUGUGUGUAGAGACAUUUUUUAGUGCAAGGCUGGCAAGAUUCUAAAUUAGCGGUGUUGUUUUAACUAUAGAUUAUUUCAACCUCAAUCAUUCCUACGUGAUAUAUGAGUAGCACUAGAAGAAACAAUAUAUAUGUGAAUUCUGGUGAAAUCUUUGAACUUCUAUCCAUGAUUUUUUUUUUAUGAAUUUCUUGAAUAAAACAUAUUUAUUAAGCUAA